AUGACUAAGGUCAGCGGUCAGAGCAGGAUCGAUUGGAGAGCCGCAAAUUCAGGGAGAAAAGCAGCAGUCCCAUCUGAAGAGAGGAGGGGAGUGCUGGUGUGGCGUGUCCCAGCCCUCUGCAUCCAGCUGGUGCGUCGCUCCACAGCAGUAGCGCGCCACACUCACUAUGGCUUUAGCCGCAAGCAGGACGCUCUUGGCGCUAUUCGUUACGUUUUGCGCACCAGGAUGCGGAUGGACAGGGGCCAAAUCACAGAAUGGCGUCUGGACAAAGGAGCAGAUCCCUACGAAAUACGCGGCCUUAUUGGAAACAGGUUGGAAGUGACUGAAGUGUGUCCAGACAUGAAAAAGCCCCUGCGGCCACAAAAUGGGAAACAGACAUCUGUGGACAAGGGCCUAAGGGAGAGCUGGGAGCCUUCUAUCCAUCUGGAUGGAAGACCUGUGGACCGCUUUGUCAUCAGCUCCAACAAACCCAUGAGGACUCACCGCCUCACGAAAGUGGGCAAGGACAGCCGAAAUCCCCUACUGGAGGAUGUAGACCCUGAAUGGGUUAACCUGGAUGGCUUUGCUGUGUUGGGAGGUGCACCUGUCAGCAACACAUCAGCAGGUACAGCUACAUCUACACAAACUGCUGCCAGGAGGCAGCUCCCUGUACGGCGUGCAACCAGGGUGAACAGAACACCUCGUCCAUCAGGUGUGUCCAAUACCAGGACACACAGGAGGGCCCCUCAGUCCUCCUCGGGGCCCAGGCAGCCUGAGAGAGCUUUGCCAGGAACCCCCCUACUGGAUAGGAGACGCCAACACCACACCAAGCCUCAAUCUGACCAGAGGAACCGCAACUCACACAAACUAACAUCUGAGUCCGUUCAUGUGGUGUCACUGCAGGCACAGAAAGCCCUGGGCCAGAGCGCACCUGCUAACAGAGCUGCAGCAACCAAAACAACCACACCAGAGCCACCUGAGUAUGAGGCGCGGGACAUCAGUGUCAGGGUCAUGUCUCCUCAGUCAGUCCUUAUCUCCUGGAUUGACCCUGCUGUGGAAAUGGGGAAAGUUGCCCCUGGGGCAUCCAGAUCCUACACAGUUAGGUACAGGGAGAAGGGUGAGUCAGCACGCUGGGAGUACAACGACAGCAACCAAAGGAGAUUGAUGAUAGACACCCUGUCUGCUGACAGCAUGUAUGAGUUCUCUGUCAGAAUAUCUCAGGGGAAGUGGAGCGUCUCUGUCUUUCAGAGGACCCCGGAGUCAGCACCAUCUGGGCCACCAGAGAACUUUGAGGUCAAGCCACUACGUGGGAAAGGAACUGCUGUUACAGCAACAUGGGAUCUUCCUGAAGAACCCAAUGGGAGGAUUCGAGAGUACAUCCUGUCUUAUGCUCCUGCAAUGAAGCCAUUUGGAAUGAAAAGUGUGACAUACCGUGGCAGCACAACCUCAGCCACCGUAGAUGGUCUUACACCCGGAGAUCGGUACAUCUUCAAGAUCAGAGCCACCAAUAGGAGGGGACAGGGACCACAAAGCAAGGCUUUCAGUGUUGUCAUGCCAGGAUCCAGCAGCGCUGUUUCAUCGUUCCCAAAAACCAAGGAUAUCCGUAGGACCCAGACGCCUUCCAAACAGGAUACUGACCAAGACGAAUCUGACCUCCAAUCAACAGAAGUGGCAGAAGAACCAGCUACGUCCCCUCACACACGCCCUGCUGCACCUGCCAACAGGCGACUACGACCACUUUCUCAAACACGCUCUUAUCAUAGCAUUUUCUCUUCAGUAAGAGGCUCAGUCAGGAAUGUGAACAGAGGUUCAUCCAGAGGAAGAGAACAAGAUAGAGACGAUGAUGAGGAAGAAAAAGAGAAAAUAACCACAAUGCCACCUCCAGUAGAAGAGACAACAACCAUGGAUGCUGUACUGGAGACAAAAGAACCAGACAAUGAUGUUUCCCCUGAAUCUGAUGAUGAAAUGGGUUAUGGUAAAGAGGGUAAACCCCUACCUACUGAGGCCCCCAGCCUCAAAGUUCUGACCUCCUCCCCAACAAAACCUGCUUCUGGUGGCCACAAUCCACCGCAAAGAAGGCCCAUUAAGAUCAGGGUCCAUCAAAAACCAGGAUCCCAUGCUGCUAACUCUCCCUCCUCCUCAUCCACCUCUUCAUCUUCUUCUACAUCAUCCUCCUCUUCAUCUGAUUCCUCAUCUUUGUCUUUUCCCUCCACUUCCUCUUCUUCAUCCUCAUCCUUACCUUCUAAAACCUCAUUAUCCUCUUCCUCACAUACUCCAGAGUCAGCAGCCAGCAGCAAGGACACAGCUUCCAGAUACCCAGUGAGCAAAAACACCCACAAUAAUCCCAGCGUAACACACACCAAACCUUCCACUCCAGUUGUAAAGGAGACCAAUUACAAGACUCAAGCAGAAGGUACCCAUGUGGGUAAGAGUCCUGCCUUAGCAGGGCGCACAAAUGGGGCUGGUUUAGGUUCUAGAAAUGGUUAUGGCAGAAGACAUCCUGGAAUUAUGUUUCGAGGGAAUUCAACUCGAAUGCUCAAUGGCUACAAACCCGGUGCAACUUCCUCACAGUUUAAGUUACCAAACAGAUCUCAGAACCAAGCAACAUCACACGCACGUAGUUCAGCAACGUCGCAGUCUGCUUCACCUGACAGAUCUCAAAGCCAAGAAACAUCAGAUGCUUUCAGUGCAGGAACAUCUAGGUCCACUUCAGGAGGUGGGUUCCACAGCCAAGCAAGAACAGACACAUAUAAUUUUGACAAAUCAAAGUCCACAUCAGAGUCCAGGUCACAGGGCACUACAACUGCAGAUACACACAGCAUAGCCACCAACCCUUCCACCUCACAAAGCAGCUCAGAGGACCCAUCCUCCAUCAACACGUCAGGCUCUUCUCAGUCAACUUCAGACAGAGGAUCUCACAGCCCUGCAACUUCACACAACACACAAAAUUCACACACUUCACCUGAACAGGACACUGCAUACAGGGAGAGAAAUUAUGACAUUAGUAGCAAGAACACAGAUGCAGAGGUAACCAAAGUUGAGGAGCCUACUUCAAGCUAUAAAGAACAACCCACAGAAGAGGAGAAAAGGGAGGACGAACAAAGGGAGACAAGCAAUUCUGAAAAACCUGCAGUUCCCCGUACCAGAAUUAGUCCUUCAUUUGCUGAGAGAUUCCCUUGGCUAGCUAACCGUUACCCUGGCAGGUUUGGUUCAGGGACAAGGGCGUCAUCUUCCAGGCAGGAUGGUGGAAUCCCUUUGAGCAAAUCAUCACCCUCUGUAGGGGCAGGUCGGCCCAUUUUGAGGGGGGCACCCACUAGGGUCUCAGGAGCCACAGGAGCUGCAGGAGUGUCGAGGAUACAGGAUACAAGUGAGGAUCUGAGGACUCCUUCCACUCAAGACUCACUAAAGAAUGGGGCGGGGGCAGAUUCCCUUAAGCCUUCGUUAACCAGUCAUAAUGCAGAAUUUAGUGACACUAGAAACCCAUCUACCUCUUCUUCUUCUUCUUCUUCUUCUUCUUCUUCUUCUUCUUCUUCUUCUUCUUCUUCUUCUUCUUCUUCUUCUUCUUCUUCUUCUUCUUCUUCUUCUUCUUCCACUUCUUCAAACUCUGAUUCCCAUCAUUCCUUAAGUGGACACAGAGACUCAAGUGAGCCCAUCCACAGAGGAACCUCUAAUGGUAAUGAUAAUGAUCAUAGUAAGGAUUAUUUUAAUGAGAGGAGCAGAGAAAACAGUGGAAAAAUUGAUGAAGUUAUAGACCAAACAGUGGUCCAAAAGAAUCCAGCUGUAACUUCAGAAAACCCUCACAGAAACACAGAGGACAAUGAGAGCGCAGAUACAAGGGACAUAUUUUCAAGGACAAGGCCUGGCUCAUCGUCUGGAGGCACUCCAACUCACCGUCGUCCUAAUGUAGGCAUGAAUGGGAGAGUUGGGUCUAGGCUUCCCAUCAGACCACAGCCAGCACAAAACUCUAGACUGGGUUCUUCAGCAUCUGUUUCCUCAUCAUCAUCUGAUUCCUCUUCUCCAUCAAAUUUGCCCCUGCCAGUGUUGACCUCAGACCGUGACACUGGUGGUGGCACAACUGUGACAAAGACAGGGGGAUUGAUUGAUGGCAAAGCCCAAUCCACAUCAUCUUCUUCGUCUUCAUCUCGAGACAGCUUAAGAGGCCAGGGGGGUAGGUCUCGCUAUCCUAUCCUCAGAGGGAAACCAACGAAUGGAGGAGGACUUAAGCCAGGCAAUGGAAAUGGUAAAAACGGACGUCCCAACCUCACAGCAACAACUGAUAAAGAGUCCUCUCCCCCUCAUGGAGCCAGCAAGGCCAGUGGUCAGAGGUUUAUCACUGGGCCUGAUGGAAGCAAAUGGGUGGUAGACUUGGAGCAGGGGGUUCUUAUGAAUCAAGAUGGACAAGUUCUCCAGGACUCCCAGGGCAAACCCAAGAGAGUGGUGCUUGGCGAGGAUGGACGCACCAUUUUUGAUCACUUGGGCAGCCCUUUGGUAAACCAGGAAGGUAUGGCUCUGUUUGGUCACGGCCGAGAUAGUCAGCCUGUGAUCAACCCCAAAGAAAAGGUCCUUAUGGUUGGAGGGAAACCUGUUCUUGGCUUGGACCGCCCUACCCCGAGGACCACCACCACUACCACCACCACCACCACAACCACUACCACUAUGGCUCCUACCACCACACCUGAACCCACUACCAUUGAAUGGACUACAGAGGAGUCUACCACUCCACCGCCGUUCCCAACUUGUCCACCUGGAACCUUCUCCAAAACAGAUGAAUACGGAUAUCCAGUACUGGACCCAGAGGGAAUAUUAGACUGUUAUCCCGAAGAGGAAUCCUCAGGAAUGGAAAUGGACCACACAUUUACAGUGAACAUGGUGCCUGAUGCUUUAGCUCUUGAGAAAGAUGAGCUUUUGGCCCAGACAACCCUGCCGCCACCCACCACUACCACAACAACAACCACCACAGAGAUCCCAACUCCAGAACUUGAAGUCAGACCGCACAACAAAGGCCCUUUAUCUGAGUAUGACCUCAGUGGGAAGAAACGAUUCACAGCUCCCUAUGUGAACUACAUCCAGAAAGACCCAGGUGCCCCUUGCUCCCUGACAGAGGCUCUGGAGUACCUUCAGGUCGAUGUCCUAGAGAACCUGAUAGAGAAGGACACCCUGACAGCCAAUCAGAGACAGCCUCCCAAAAACAAGCCCCAUAACCUCACUGUGGUCGCCAUGGAGGGAUGCCAUUCAUUCAUUAUCCUGGACUGGGCCCGCCCAUUGAAGGAUGAUAUGGUGUCAGGCUACAUGGUCCACAGUGCUUCAUAUGACGAUGUGCUCAACAACAGAUGGUCCACUAACCCUUCCAGUGGGACACACCUGGCUGUGGAGAAUCUCAAACCCAACUCUAGGUACUACUUCAAAGUCCAGGCCAAGAAUGUGUUUGGUUUGGGACCAGUCAGCGAUACACUCACCUAUGUCACUGAAUCAGAUGAUCCUCUUCUCAUUGAAAGACCACCUGGUGGAGAGCCCAUCUGGAUCCCCUUUACCUUCAAAUAUAACCAAAUGCACAGCUCCUGUAAGGGCAGUCAGUAUGUAAAACGGACAUGGUACAGGAAGUUUGUGGGCGUGGUUUUGUGUAACUCUCUGCGAUACAAGAUCUUCAUGGGAGAUGGUCUAAGAGAGCCCUUUUACAGUGUAGGAGAUACAUUUGGACAGGGGGAGGACCAUUGCCAGUUUGUGGACUCCUACAGGGACGGAAGGACAGGCCCGUCCUACCUCUCAAAUAGUCUGCCUUCAGCACAAGGGUUUUAUCGUGCCUACAGACAGGAGCCUGUUACAUUUGGAGUUAUUGGCCGGCGUACACCCCAUCCUUUCGUGGGGUGGUAUGAAUGCGGGGUGCCCAUCCCUGGGAAGUGGUAACACAGGGAAGGACGAGACAUUGUUACUAAGGGCAACCCUUCUGCAUUCUGCUGAAGGCUCUCAACUUCACUGAUCCUGCCUGUACAGACUUUUGCCUGCCACAACAAAAGACACCACUACAAAUGUAUUACAGCUUCACAGGAAAAGAAUAUAGUACUUUUAAACAACCCAGUGUAUAUCAUUAAAAAAUCACUUUUUAUAUAUGGCAGUCUGUAUAUGAGGGGAAAAGAAGCAUGUGUGUUCUUGCUUAGUUUAACUCUUGUCAGAAAGUGUCCUUUGUAAUUCCCAAGUAUCCCAGAGACAGGUCCUUACCCAGUGUUAUUUAUCUGAUCAAAAUGCACACACAAUCAAACCAUUGACAUUGGACCAAAGCACAAGCUGAAUAGCAAACUGUAAGAAUGGGCACUUAAGGUGUUUACAGGUCUGUUAAUUUUCAAUUGUGAGAUUUUUAUUUCCUUAUGAACUGGCUUCUGACAGCUACUUUUUGUUUAUUUGUGUUCUUGAAUCUUCAUACUGUUUUUUACACCCUUUUUGGUAUUCACCAGAACUCAUUAAACAUUACUGUGUAAGUUUUGUAUGUAUACAGACAAAGAAUAAAAGACCAAAUAUUUGCUCAGGAACUGUGAGAGAUUGAAUAAAGGUGCUAUGGAAACCACAGCAAUCCAAAAA